GGGUGAAAGAUGGAAGCUGGACUGUGCUGCAGCUCGUGGAAGCCCUGGGGUCUUGCCUGGAGAACACGGAUACUCGGACACGAGGGCGAGGCAUCCAGCUGCUGUCACAAGUCCUACUCCAGUGUUACUCCCUGCUCCAGGAGAAGGAAGUGCUGCACCUGGUCCUGUUCUAUGAGAGCCGGCUGCAAGAUCAUCACCUUGUGAUCCCUGCUGUGCUCCAGGGACUCCGAGCACUGAGCAUGUGUGAGGUGCUGUCCCCAGGGCUAGCAGUGUCUGUGCUCAAAGCCAUCUUCCAGGAGGUACAUGUGCAGUCCCUGCUGCAGCUGGACCGCCACACAGUCUACAGCAUUAUCACCAACUUCAUGGGCACCAGGGAGGAAGAGCUGAAGGGCCUGGGUGCCGACUUCACCUUCGGCUUCAUCCAGGUGAUGGAUGGGGAAAAGGAUCCCCGCAACCUGCUGGUGGCCUUCCAGAUCGUGCGUGAUCUUAUUGCCAAGAACUACACCCUGGGUCCCUUUGUGGAGGAGCUGUUUGAAGUGACGUCCUGCUACUUCCCCAUUGAUUUUACUCCACCCCCCAAUGACCCUCAUGGCAUCCAGAGAGAAGACCUGAUCCUGAGCCUCCGGGCCGUACUGGCCUCCACACCCCAAUUUGCUGAGUUCCUGCUCCCUCUGCUCAUUGAGAAGAUGGACUCAGACCUGCAAAGUGCCAAGCUUGACUCCCUGCAGACUCUGACUGCCUGCUGUGCCAUCUACGGGCAGAAGGAGCUGCAGGAAUUCCUCCCCAGCCUCUGGUCAUCCCUGCGCAGGGACGUGUUCCAGACAGCGAGUGAGAAGGUCGAGACGGAGUGCCUGGCCGCACUGCAUGCCCUCUCUGCCUGCCUCUCCCGCUCCGUGCUCAGCUCUGACACCGAGGAUCUGCUGGAUUCCUUCCUCAGCAGCGUCCUGCAAGAUUGCAGGCACCAUCUGUGCGAGCCCGACAUGAAGCUGGUGUGGCCAAGUGCCAAACUCCUGCAGGCAGCAGCGGGUGCCUCCCUUCGUGCGUACCACCACGUCACCCGCAGCGUCCUGCCCCUGCUGCUGGAGCAGUACACCAAGCACCCGCAGAGCAGCCAGAGGAGGACAAUCUUGGAAAUGCUGCUGGGCUUCCUGGAGUUGCAGCAGAAGUGGGGACAUGUGGAAGAAGACGAGAGCACUCUGCUGUCGCUCCGAGCCCCAGUUUGCUCUGUCGUGUUCUCUGCGCUGACGGAUCCCAGUGUGCAGCUGCAGCUCGUUGGGAUCAGGGCACUGACUGUCCUGGGCUCCCUGCAAGGCUUCCUGGCUCCCUCUGACCUGGAGCUGGUUGUGGAUCACCUCAUCCGUCUUGCUCUGCGUGAGGAGGAUUCCCAGAGCAG